AUGGAUACGCCUACGCCGCCGGCGGAAGAGCUUCUCCGGAAGAUUCAGGAGCUGGAAGCCGGACAAGCUGAGCUUCAACAGGAGUUGACGAAGCUUAAGCUCACUUCCGAUUCGAAAUCCGAGAAUCUUCUCCUUCACCACCAACAGCAGCAUCAGCAACAGCACCACCAUCACCAUCACCACCACCAUCCUCGGUCCCAGUCAAUCUCGCCUCAGCGUCCAGGGACUAGCCGGAGCUUCGAGACGGCUGCGUCUAUGAAGAAGACCUCGCCGCCGUUUAGGCAUUUGUCUCCCUUACAGAGAGAGUCUCGCCGUCCGAGCAGCGGUUCGGAUAGGAGUAAUGUCGGCGGAGAUGGCGGCGUCUGCGGAGCGAGUGCCGGUCCGUCGGCUAUUAAGUUUACUGAUAAGCAGUACUUGAACAUCUUGCAGUCCAUGGGGCAGUCCGUUCAUAUUUUCGAACCUUCCGGCCGUCUUAUCUACUGGAAUCGAAGUGCUGAAAACCUAUUUGGCUGGACUGCGGCGGAAGCUCUAGGUCAGGACAACAUUGACCUGCUUGUAGAUCCCAGGGAUGGCAAGAUAGCGCAAACGAUUAUUGAUCGCAACGGUCUAGGAGAGAGCUGGACAGGACAGUUCCCUGUGAAGAACAAGAGGGGUGAUAGGUUUACAAUUGCGGCCACCAAUACCCCUUUCUACGACGACAAUGGUGAUUUGAUUGGGAUUAUAUGUGUAUCAAGCGAUUCACGGCCAUUCAAAGAAGCGUUCGUCGAUUUAUCUGGUCAGAAGAGUUUAGGAGCAGACUCGAGUUCUAGCCGUGUUUUUGGUAGAAGCAGCAGCAGUGUGUCGGCCAAGCUUGGUCUUGAUUCCCAACAGCCUCUGCAAGCAGCAAUUGCGUCUAAGAUUUCAAACUUGGCUACCAAAGUGAGCAACAAGGUGAAGUCGAAGAUUCGAACUGGAGAGAACAAUGUUGAUCAUCGUGAAGGUGGUAGUGGAGAGAGUCAUCAUUCUGAACAUGUUCAUGGCUUCCCGGAUGUAGUGGCAGACCAGAGGGUUGAUGCAAACUCUAGUGGUGCUAGUACUCCCAGGGCCAGUACACCCAGGGGAGAUUUUCAUCCAUCCCCUUUCGUUGUUUCACCUUAUGGUGAUGAGGGUGAAGGGAAACCUGCAAUCCACAAGGUUAUCACUUCGAAGGCAGAGGCUUGGAUGGGUAAAAAAGGGCUGUCAUGGCCAUGGAAAGGGAAUGAAAGCGAAGUUUCAGAGUCAAGAACUACCAAAUUUGUUUGGCCUUGGUUGCAGAAUGAGCAAGAGGGUGAACCAAAUUAUCCGAAGAGUCCCUCUUAUGGUGGUACUAAAACUGAGAGUUACUUUAGUGAAGCUAAUAAUCGGCAUGGCAUUAGUGAGGCAUCUGGACUGUGGUCAUCCUCUGCAAAUGUUAACAGCACGAGCACUGUCAGCAGUUGUAGUAGCACAAGCAGCAGUACUGUUCAUAGGUUAGAUGUAGAAAGUGACUGCUUAGAUUAUGAAAUUUUGUGGGAAGACUUGACCAUUGGGGAACAAAUUGGACAAGGAUCUUGUGGGACUGUCUAUCAUGCCCUGUGGUAUGGAUCAGAUGUUGCGGUCAAGGUAUUCUCCAAGCAAGAGUAUUCAGAAGAUGUGAUACUUUCAUUUAGACAAGAGGUAUCCCUUAUGAAAAGACUUCGCCAUCCCAACGUGCUGCUCUUUAUGGGUGCCGUGACCUCACCUCAGCGUCUCUGUAUCGUUACAGAGUUCCUUCCUCGUGGAAGUUUGUUUCGUUUGAUCCAAAGGAACACAACCAAAAUAGAGUGGAGACGGAGAGUGCACAUGGCUUUGGAUAUUGCACGGGGUAUGAAUUAUCUUCAUCAUUUCAACCCACCUAUUGUUCAUCGUGACUUGAAGUCGUCGAAUCUUCUGGUUGAUAAGAAUUGGACAGUAAAGGUUGGUGAUUUUGGGCUAUCUCGUCUAAAGCACAAAACAUUCCUGACAACCAAGUCCGGGAAGGGCACGCCUCAAUGGAUGGCACCAGAAGUUCUCCGCAAUGAAGCCUCUGAUGAGAAGUCUGACAUCUACAGCUUUGGAGUGAUACUAUGGGAACUUGCAACCGAGAAGAUUCCUUGGGAUAAUCUCAACUCGAUGCAGGUAAUUGGUGCUGUGGGAUUCAUGAACCAACGGUUGGAAAUACCAAAAGACCUCGAUCCUCGUUGGGCCUCUAUAAUUGAGAGCUGCUGGCUCAGUGACCCAGCCAGCCGCCCAACGUUCCAAGAACUCCUGGAAAAGCUUAGGGACCUCCAGAGACAGUACACCAUCCAGCUCCAGGCCGCCCGUUCCUCCGCAGCCGCUGGAGAACAUCACGCCACCACCCUCCACAAGGAAAGCUAG